UAUUUUCUAACAAUGAACUGCUCGAGUCUCUAAGUCACAUGGUGAUUUUUGCUUCUCUCAUUCUGCUUGGCACGCUGCCUAAAGGGGAUUUUAUUUUCAUGUUUCUUGCAGUCGUCUCAACUUCCAAGGUGAACAUGAAAGUGAAAACAGCUGUAAACCCAUGUGAAAACCCCUGGUCUGGUAGGCUACUCACUGGUCCAGACAGUAGAGUUGCUCAGACAACUCCUUGCGUGAAACAAGAGACAUUCGAUGCCAAGCAGAGAUCAGAUGGCAGAGAUUGGGGAACCUGGAGACAUAGAGGAGGUGAAUGAAGCUCAGGGUCUAGAGGGGGACAGAUCCUCCCUCAAAUCCACCAUGGAGAGGAACGUGAAGACACAACCUGACGGCCCGGUGAAGGAGAAGAAAUUGGGGAUGAUGAAGCAAUUCAGGGAGAGCAUCAAGCGGGUUGGAGAGAGGAGUCCUCUGGCCUCAAACAGCAAAGAUUCAAAGGACAAAUCCAAUUCAGAACAGGGGGGACAUGGUAUUGACCCUGAAGUGACCUCUCCAACCCAUCAGCUGCCACCCCCUCCCUCACCAUGUUUGAGUGCUGGGUCUCCUAUGGCCUCUCCCCUGAAGGGUCUAGGUGGGUCCUUCCAGAGGAAGGAGGGAGGAGAGAGUGCAGAAGAUUCACUACAGAAAAAGCACACCAGAACACGCUCAGACCCAUUGGCAAUUGGGGACUCUCUUCUAAAGAAGGGGGCUUCCAUCCGACGGAGUUUGCGACUUGUGGGGAAUAAGAAGGACAAGACCCUCAAACAGGAGCAGCUCCAGCCUGUCACUGAGAUCACUGUGGAUGAGAAGAGAGAGAGGGAGAAGGAGAGGGUAGAGAUAAAAGAGUCAUACAUACUCCCAGAGAUACCCCUCACACCCGUCUCAGUGAUGCAGAUCAAUAAGCUGAUUGGGAUGGAGGUGCUGGAGGAGGCCUAUCUGAACCUCCUCUCCCUGUGCCAGGAGUUCCAGCGGGAGAGGGAGGAGUGCACGGAGGAGGCCUCCUCUAUGGAGCUGGCCAAGAAGGAGAAGGACAUAAGGCUCCUUUACAAUGCCCUGCGGGACAAGGUGAAGGAAAUAGUGCGGGACUCCAACUCCUUUCCCUCUCGCAACAAGGAUCUCUUGGUGCAUGUGGCCCGCGUCAUCCAGGAGGAGGAGAAGAGGGAGGCAGAGCCUGGGGGCGUGGUUGGGCCUGGGGGUUGGCGGGGGGCCUGGAGAGAGGCUGUGAGCGAGGGUGUACAGGCCACGUUGAAGAGUGUUCACUUGGACAGGCCCGAGCAGAAUGCCUCCUGGCUGGCUAUCCACCUGGGUAUGCUGGGCAAGGCCAUCGUGGAGGACUUGAAGAAGGUGAAGGGAGAGCUGCAAGGCUCUUACCCACCCAGCUUCAAUGUGUUCAGUACCUAUGUGAGCUGUUACCAUGGUGCUGUCAGCCAGCACCUGAAGAGGCUUCAGCAGCAGGUGACAGAUCUGAAGGACUACUACAGCCUGCUGGACUGGAUCAUCAAUCACUAUGAGAGUGAGAAGAUAAUGAGUAGUCCUUCAUUGAGACCAGAGAUGGAAGCUGAGAACAUAGGCCUCUCCCUGGAGGAGGGUUUCCUGGACCAGCUCAAGGGGAAAUACUGCAUGCGGGCAAAGGAGGACAUGAGAGCUUCACUGGAUAAAAUAUUAGAGCUUGAAAAUGAGGACAUGUGGAUAAAGAAACAGGCACCAGAGACUGACGAUGAACACUUCUUUAACUCUGACAUACACAUGGAUAUCUGGACGAAAGUUAAGAGCAAUGCUGUAAACUCCAAGAGGAUUGAUGUAAACCUGGAGAUGAGAGUAGUCUGUUCCUGCCUUGAAGAGUUACAGCAGUUUCCCAAGCGAUUUGAGACCGAAUUUAGGUACUGCUGUAACAGUAUGGAAAACCCUUCACUUUGGGCUGACUAUCAGAUAACCUACAUCAACAGCUUUAGAGCUCUUAAGGAGCACAUGGAGGGUUACAGAGAGAGCUGCCCGACACAGGUGGACCAUCUCAGCAGAGAGGUGGAUGGCUUGGUCCAUAGACUGGUCCAGGGCCUGGAGGACCAGUUUAAGAAUGAUGUCAGGCCUUACCUCAGGAGAAUGAUGACGAGGAAGUGGCUCUCCACAGAUGAGGACUUCCAACAGCUGUUGAGCAGGACAGAGAAGCUGUCCCAGCGCUGUUCACAAAUGAGACAUCCAUAUGUACAGAUGUUUGUGAGUAGCUUGCACUACUAUGUGGUGAAAGAGUAUGUCUCCCAGCUGAUGAAAAACAACUACUCCUGUAAGAACAGGAAGCAUGACAAAGCAGCCACCAAGAUGAGGGUGCAGUGGAAUGAACUCAAUGAUUUGUUUGAGGAAAUGAACACAACCCAUGACUGGCUCCACCCAGUAGGAGACCACCUGAGUAACAUAAUUGGGGAAAAGAACAAGAGCGACAUAAAGAACCACCUGAAACAUUUAGUAGCGGACUACCCAGACAUCAGCAGGAUGUAGGAGGGGGAGGACCAGCCGGGAGAGGGGGAGAGAUAGAGAGACCGAGUAAGAAGCACCUAUCGGCCGUGCUGUACUUCAGGGGCUUGGUGCGGGGCAGGGAGAAGCGGGUAAUCCUGCAGUGUCUCACUGAGCUGAAGAAGAAACUAGGAACCUCGGGGAACACUGGAGAUAAAAAAAGAGGCCUCUUCAUUGAUAUGCAGGUCACCAUCACCAAUACAAACUGUCUGGCUAACAUGCCUUUCUCCUGCCUCUCCUCUGUCCUCCCAGACGGCUAAUCUACAGGCCUAGAUACAGGAGCCUAGCACAGAGAUGGUAACCUAACCAAGCUGUCUGAGAAGGCCUGAGGAGGCUUAUAAAGAAGAUACUUUAGGAUUACCAGUAUGAUCACUACGCAAAAAGAAAACAUAGUCUAAUGAUUAUUUAAAUGUGAAUGGACCUUUACAUGGUAAAUUUUGUUCAUGCAGUCAAAGGUUAUUUAAGACACCUCAUUGAUUAAGCAUUAUUUUUUUUUAAAUAUAUUAUCACUUUAGCCCACUGUUGUUGCAAAAGAAAGCUGAGAACAUAAUUAAUAAUGGGCCUGAUGCUAAAUGAACUCCAUGAUAGGGCUCAAACUGUAUGUUCAGUGUUGAAUUAACUUUACCAUUGAUUUACCUAUUUUCAAGCUAUUGAAAUGUGUCGCAGCAGUGCACACAUAUUACAUGUCAACAUAGAAAAAACUCGCUUAGAAAGUCCCACGGUCCUGUUGUUUUGUGGUCAGAAUAAGGGUUUCAAAAUAUCACAUCUGAUAAUGUCAUUAAACCACAAACAAAUACACAAAUACAAGUUUCUCCCAUUGUUAGGGAAGUGCGAGUUUUUGUUCCCCUCUAAUCAUUUUUGGCCAAUUUGACAGGGCAGCAUGCAACACAAAGGUUUGUACUCAUGUGUCUGCUGUCUAGUAUGAGUAUAGAUGAAGUCCAUCACAAUAAAUUCAUCCAACAUCAACUGCAGGGUGUCACAACUUCUGCUGAAGUCAGCUCAUGUAUCCAUUUGUUUUGUCUUGUUCCCUGCACACCUGGUUUUCAUUCCCCAAUUACACUACAUGUAUUUAUUCCUCUGUCCCCCCCUCAUGUCUUUGUGUAAGAUUGUUUGUGUUGUGUUUUUUAUUUUUUUGUACGCACUAGGCUUGCGUGCGUUUUUCCCGUGUUAUUUUACAAAGCCUGUUUCUUUACAUUUGAUGUGUUGUGACUGUUUUGCGCGUUUUACACUUUGCCUUGUUGGCUGCAGGUUUUAAGACGCAGCUGCGUCCGUCUGUAUAUCUCUCCUGCCGAAGUAAAGUGUGCGCCUGUUCACUA